AGUGUAAUACAGAGCCUACCACCUCUUUUAUCCUCAUAACCUGGUAUGGAAGCUUUGACUGACCAGUGACUUGGCGAAGGUCACGUACUGAGCUUCACAGAUGCAUUGAGAUUUGAACUCGGGUCUCCCAGUCCUAGUUGAACACUUUAUUCAUUUCACCAUGCUGUCUGCAAAGCGAAUGGUGGUUCUGGUAGAACAAUGGGCCCUUUACCUGUGUCCUCAGCAAAUUCCAGCCCACCACCACUAUAGCAGUUUACCCCCUUAAAUUUAUAAGAAAGGAAUGAUACAUGAUAGUAAUACUGUACUGUACUGGGAAAAAAUUGCUUAUGCCUAUUCUAAAUAUUUCUCUAUAAAAACUCCAAUUGGUGAGGCAAAAGAGAAGUGUUACUCCUUUUACCUUCUAUCUCUGCUGUUACUGGAAUCCAAACGACAUACUUAUGUGUGCCAAAUAGAUUUUUGACAAAUACUAUAAGCUAGUUUUGGAACCCCCUGCACCCCAGCAAAAAAAUCAACUGAUUUGCAUGCUGCUUGUGGAGCAGUUGUUCAAGAAAAACAGGUCUAAAGCCCCGUUGGAAAAGUACACAGUACUUUGGAUUCUGGCCCUUUGCUCUUUCUGGAUAAUUAACAUGCUCCUUUGCCCAGGUACUGCUUUUCUUUUUGCAUUGAUUUUACCUGUCAAAAUAGACUACAGCUACCAGUAUAUGAGUUUGGGUGUUUUUCUUCAGAUCUAGAAGGCCAUCUAGUGGCACAAUCAAGCAGAGAGAAGUAUAAAUUAUAUACCGGUACUUUACUAGAAAACCAUGCAAGUCUGAACUUUUUAAAUCAGAUAAAAUUUCAGGGUUUUAAAGAAUGGCAGAUUGCAUGUAGAAGCGGAACAUGCAAACCCCUAAUGUUUUAUCUGUUCUGGCACCUCUCAGGUGGGCACAAUUGCCAUUGUAAGAGAACAAGGGAGGUGUUCACUGUGAGUUCUGGCACCUCUCUUCCUAGAAAAAUAGCACUGGAGUAAGUAACAAAUCUUUUUUGAAUCUGUGUGUAGGUAUACAACCUGAUAUUCAUACAGUUGCAAUCAAAAUUAUUCAACCCCAUUGCAAAUUUGGUUUAUUAUCAAAAUUUACAGACUUUCAGCUGUUUGCAAUGAGCAAAUCAAACAAAAGCAAUUGAAAUAGCUCAACACAAUGGACGCUUCAAAUGGUUUCCCCAAAUUAAGCUGAAAUUGCAACUUUACACUGAUUUCUCCAGUCUCACUAUUAUUCAACCCCUUCAUGGCAAGCAUCUUUAGUACUUAGUAGAUCAGCCUUUUGCUGCUAUGACUGCUGCAAAUGAAAUGCAUAGCCAGACAGCAGGUUCCGGCAGUGCUCAUGAGGAAUCUGAGCCCAUUCCUCAUGAGCAUCGGCCUCUAGUUCACUAAUAUUCUUGGGUUUGCGUGCUGCAGCUGCCUUCUUCAAAUCUCACCAGACAUUUACUAUGGGGUUCGAGUCAGGUGACUGUAAUGGCCACUGUAGAAUCUUCCAGGACUACUUCUGCAACCAAGCCUUGGUGGAAUUUGAGGUAUGCUUGGGAUCAUUGUCCUGUUGGAAGGUCCACGGGUGCCCAAGCUUCAGCGUUUCAACAUUUCCUCCUAGGAUUUCCGCCUUCCACACACUUCAAGUUUUCAGUGCCAAAGGAUGCAAAGCAGCCCUAGAGCAUCACUAAGUCACCACCAUGCUUCACGGUAGGCAAUGUUCUUUUCAACAAAUGCUUCAUUCUUCCUCCAGACAUGGACUGAUCCAAGGGGCCAAAAAGUUCCAAUUUUGUUUCAUCGUUUCACAGAACAAAGCUUCAAAAGUUCUGUGGCUUAUUUAUAUGAUUUUGAGCAUACUGGAGCCAACUUUUCUUGUGCUUUUGGGUUAGUAGUGGUGAACGUCUUGGAGUGCAGGCAUGGAAACCUGCAUUUAGUAUGUGCCUUACUGUGCUCACUGACACUUCAAUGCCUGCUGCAACCAACUUUUGCUACAGCUCUUUUGCAGUCACUUGAGGAUUUUUCCCAGCCUGCCUUCUCAGAAAUCUGGUUGCUGCUGCAGAUAGCUUCCUUUUUUGCCCCGUUCAGGUAGUGUAACCAGUUCCUUUAACUUUGAACUUGUGAAUUAUGCUUCCAACAGUGUCUACAGGAACAUUGAGUGCCUUCACUAUCUUUUGUAUCCUGCUUCUUGUUUGUGAAGGGCAAUGAUCUCUUCUCUUACCUUCUUGGACCAUUCUCUGUACUUAGCCUAUUUCUAGCAGACAGCCAAAUUUGACACUCGGCAAACCCCUAGCCAGCUUGGGUAUUUCAUGUGUUUCAGCUCACACACCUGGUGCAACUAAGUAAGCCCUUGAUUAGUUGCAUCAGGUGUGCUUGAGACAACAACUGUUAUAUUUGUGGUGUUGUGAGGGAUUCUAUUCAUGGGGUUGAAUAAUAGUGGGAGUGGAGAGGCCGCUAUAAGUUGCAUUUUCAGUUGAAUUUGGGGGAACCACUUGAAGCAUCCGUUGUGUUGAGUAUUUCAAUUGCUUUUGUUUGAUUUGAUCAUUGCAAACAGCUGAAAGUCCGUAAAUUUUGAUAAUGAGAUUUGCAAUUGGGGUUGAAAAAUGGCACUUGCAACUGUAUAAGCAACACACAAGACUCUGGAUUGUGGCUAGAAUACCUUGGUGCUUGCAUUUACAACCUUUGCUGUUAAAUUGUUGUGAUUCAGAGAACACAUACCGUGUUUCUCCAAAAAUAAGACACUGUCUUAUAUUUAUUUUUCCUCAAAAAAACAACACGGUGGCUUAUUUUCAGGGGAUGUCUUUAUUAUUAUUAUUAUUAUGUAUGGUACAGUUUAACCUACAAGGUUAAACUGCCUAUCACUAUGGCUUAUUUUCGGGGUAUGGCUUAUUUUCAGAGAAACACGGUAUCACUUAUUCACAAUGUAUCUUCAUCACAUUGUGACUACAGCAUCAAGUUAAUAACAUGAUUAAUUCAGCACUUUCAACACCAGUGAUCAAAAUGUCAAUCUGCUGUCCCCAUAAAAUGCAGUAUCAGUGGAGUCUGUUCAUAAAUAGAGCUGCCAGUGAUGCGGAGUAAAUAAAGUACAAUACACAUAUAUGAAGCCAGGCAGGGCUGAGUGAAGGGACACCUCUGCCCCAUCCAAACUGCCUCUAGCACAGCAAACUGGGUGGCUAAAUUGAAUCUUUGCAGCUCAGAAUUCACUUAAUUCAUCUAAGAAGACUCAUUGGUAUUUGAUAGAUGCAAUCCCAGAAGAGCCCUUCCCUGGUGUGAGACUUGAAGGGAGGGCAUAUUUCUAUGGUGCCAUCCUAUCAACCAAGCUUUCUUUAGACAAGUGAUUAAAUGCGUUCUCAGCAGUUGACUUUCAACAGUUUUCAUAAAUAGUUAUAUGAAAAAUAUAGACUUUUUAAGUUCCUCAAUUCACCUAGGGUGCCUUUUUAAUAAAUUAAGCAGUUUUCAAAUUGAUAAAAAGGUUGCAGCUCCAAUUCUGCCUAGUGAGUGAUCCUCUAACUCAAAACCUCAAUAGGAACAUCAAAGAAAGUCAACCUUUAAAUACUAAAAUGCAAGCAAUAACAAAAAUUUCAAGAAAGCAAGGGAAUGCAGAGGAGGGUUUGCACUGCCCGAUCUUGAACUGUACUAUGCAGCAGUAGGAUUGGUGUGGUUGAGAGAAUGGAUUAAGUUUAAUAGAACGGACAUACUGGACUUGGAGGACCACAAUAAUAGAUUCGGGUGCCAUGCAUACUUAAUAUACGAGAAAAUAAAAGCACAUAAGGGGUUCCUGAACCAUGUAAUAAGAAAAUCAUUGUUUAAAAUUUGGUUGAAAUAUAAGGGGAUAUUAGAGCCUAAAAUACCACUAUGGACCUCUCCAAUAGAAGCGAUAACUGUGAAAAGAAAAAAUAUGAGAAGCGAAUGGCCCACAUACAGAUUAGUAUUAGAAAUAAAAGGGAAACCAUUACAUUAAAAGUAUGAAGAAAUCAAAAAAUAUUUGACAGAUUGGUUACAAUAUUUUCAAUUAAAUCAAAACUUCGGUAUUGAUUUGAAACAGGGGCUAGGAAUAGAAACAUCUAGAUUUGAAAGUAAUUUAAUUAUGGUAAAAAAGAAAAACAUCUCAUUAAUGUAUGACUAUAUUGGAGCGGGAGACGAAAGAAGAACAGACAAAAGCAGUCAUGAUAAAGUGGGCUCAAGAUUUCGGCUAUAACAUCCAGAUGGAGCAAUGGGAGAGGUUAUGGGUAGAGGACAUAAAAUUUACAGCCCGUUAUAAUUUACAAGAAAACAACAUGAAAAUGAUUUAUCAUUGCCACCACACAACUAAAAAACUGGCAAGAAUGUAUUGGGGGGGGGGGGUAAGCCCUAGAUGCUGGAGGUGCAAAAACAAAGAGGGGACAUGCUACCAUAUGUGGUGGACCUGCCAAAAAAUCAAAGGGUAUUGGAAUAACACCUAUGAGGAGUUUUAAAAACUAUUUAAAAUAACGUUCAAAAAAAGGCCGGAAAUGUUUCUAUUGGUAAGUAUAUUACCACCUGAGAUAAAGAAAGAAAUAAGAACUCUAUUAAUGUAUGGAUUGACGGCCGCUAGAAUUUUAGUGGCAAAGAAUUGGAAAAACGAAAACCUACCAACAAUUUCAGAUUGGCAAAUGCUAAUGUUGGAAUAUUUGCAACUGGCAAAACUGACUGACUCAGUAAGAGGUUUAUCAACACAAAAGGUAUCAAGAGAAUGGGUUAUAUACAAAAGUUACUUAAAAUUAUACUAUCCAAACAACUCUUUGCUAGCAGAAAUGGAAUGAUGUUUGCAAAAGUUAAGCUUGAUAAGAACAAAAAAAAUAGAAGGAAAGAAAAGACAACACAAAAUCUAAACCUGUGGAACAAAGGAAGCAAAAAUUGUAUAAUGAGAUGGACGGUAAGUAUUUAAGUAAAGUCAAAGUAACAGGAGAAAUGUAUAUUCACUAUGAUUUAUUCAUCUUGCGACUGUUUAUUUUUGCAUUUGUCUGUGUUCGUUAAAUUGUAAUUUUAAAUAAUAAAGAAUCUUUUUUUUAAAAAAAGAAAGGGAGUUCUAAUUGGGUCUAAAGCCUGCUGGAACAGGUGAGUUUUGAAUGCCUUCAUACUGGGUACUAGCCUUCUUGGGUAGGAAAAAACCUCAUGCAUUCUGACCAACUGCAUCCUGGAACUUAUCAAUUAUUCAGUGGUUUAAUAAAAUUCAAUUGCCUCAAAAACUGCAUAUAUUGCAGAAACAGCAUGUUAGAAAUUCCUAUACUGAGAAAUGAGACAAUGUACAUUUGGGUUUUUCCUAGCACUAGUUUGGAUCACAAUUGUUUAUGAUCCCAACUACCCACCACAUAGCUGAAUAGGUUUCUAAGUGACCCCCUGUGGAAGUUUGAGUAACUACAGUAUGGUUGGCACAUUGUCAAAGUUAUGUUACCUUCUGUUGCUGAAUAAAAACAUAUUGACACAUUGGUAUUUUAAUGGUGUGAACAAAAAGUGGCUAACACACACAUGGAGAAUGUAAAUGUGCACAAUUAUUUUUACACUCUGUUGGGUGGUGCAGCUUCAUAAGAAGUGUGAUUCCUAUUCCCCCCUACCCGCCUGCCUAUUAUUUCAGGAGUACAAGUCUGGACAGCUUCCAAAGGUAGCUGCCAACCAAUGUUUCUGAAAUCUGCAAUUUGUGUUUUCAGAAUUAGAGUCUAUAUUUCCUGUACCCAUUACAUAAUAUUUCAGUGUUAACAACUUCCCCUAUUUAUAUUAUUAUCUCGAACAGUUAAGAGAUUCAGAAUAUUUGGAUUUGUGAGGAAGACUUCCAAAGGGGUAAAGUUAAUUUUACAGAGAAACACAUAUGGGGAUACUAAGUCCCUUGUAUAUCACCUCCCCAACUAUGAACCUGUUUUCAAAACAAGCCUGGUGAGUGGUUCUCACAAAUAAGCACAAAGAGAUAGGCCCAUCCUAUUUUAAUCCCAGAUCCACUACCUUGUCACACUAAACAAUGGAUUUACUUGAGUUCAUACAUUUAUAGACCACCUUUCUAUGGAGCUCAAGGUGGCACACAUGGGGUUUUCAAGUGGUCUCUCAUGCAGACCUCGGGAUCAGAUCAAGCAAGGUGGAGUCACCAGUUACCUUAAUUUAGAUAAACAUCUCUCUUGCAGCCAUAGAUAGACCUUAAUGAAAUUUAUCUUAAUCCUUGUUGAAAGCUAACUGCUAGUUGUCAUCAUUACAUACUGUGGUCAAACAGUUCCACAAAUUAAAAUGAUUUAUAGAUGGUACUCUGCACCAAGUAAACUAGCAAAGAUGUAUAGUCAGAAUCAUGUACAUGUUGGAAAUGUAAAGAAACAAAAGGUACAUUUUACCAUAUGCAGUGGACUUGUAGAAUAGCUAGGUGAUUUGGGGAGAGGAGCCAAGAGAUGAAAAAAAAAACCCCAAAGCUGUUCUCCUAGGGAUAAUUGGACCAGAUGUACCAAAGAAGCAAAGGAAUUUAUUUCUGUAUGCGACUACUGCAGUGAGAGUACUAUAUGCCCCCAAAUGGUGGGAUGAAGUACCUAUAAAAGAGGGGUGACAGUUGAAAUUUAUGGAAUAUGCUGAAUUAAUAAACUUAACUAGUAAAAUCAGAGAACAAGAUGAGACAGCCUUCAAAAAGGAUUGGGAAAUGUUUGUAGGUUAUUAAAUAUAUUACUGUAAAGAUGUUAAAACUCUGGUAGGUUUGGUGUAAGCUCAGCAGUUAUUGUUAUUCUGAGAAUAAAAUGGAGGAAAAAAAGUAUAGCUUAAUUAUAAUAUGCAGCAGCAAUAGGUAAUUUUGAGGAAACCAUGGAAGGGAAGUCGUUUACUAAGGAAACGUAUAUUGGAAAAUGUUUCUAGACUACAGUAAUUGUAUUUUAUGAAAAAUUUAAUUUUAAAAAAAUUCCACAAGUUAGUUACCCUGAGCAUGUUAAAAGUGCUGCCGCUAGUUAAAACAAAUUCCACACAUUUAAUGGGCUUCCAUGUAUGUGGCCAUACAUUUUAAAGUGAAAUGCCGCUUACCGCUCACCUCCAUCUCUCCAAAGUCGCAUUUACACAGUAAGCUCCUCGGGAGCGGAGACUUUUGCCUUGCUGGCGUUUUUUUCCUGUGCGCAUUUGGGGCCGCAAUGUCACACCACCAACAAUAAAACUUUUUCCGUGUGUGUGUGUGUUUGGGGUUGCUGCUAAUGUGUGUGUGUUUUUAGCGGCUGAGGCAAGAGCUGCGCUGAGGGAGAGGCCGCCUCGCAGAAGCGCCGCGGGCGCCGGCCGCAUCCUUCGCCUCUUCCUCUGUCUUCUUAACCAGCAGGAAGGACGGCGGAGCCGGCUUCUGUCAUUGCCGGGCUGAGGGAGGGAGCGAGGGACUCCGCCGGGCUGCCUUUCCCUUAGAGAAGCGCCCCUUCCCUCCCGCGCUUCUAAGGGGUGCGGCGUGAGAAGUCGGGGCCCCAUGGCCGAAGGUAACGGCUCCGUGCCAGGCAGGGACUCUGAGGAAGGCGAGCGCCCGCCUGCGAAGGGUGGGAGGAAGAAGAAGAAGAAAGAGGUGAAGGUGGUGGUGGUGGGCGACGGGGGCUGCGGGAAAACAUCCCUGCUCCUGGUCUUCGCUGAAGGCGCUUUCCCUGAGCAAUACACUCCUUCAGUAUUUGAGAAAUACACCACCAGCAUCACUCUGGGCAAAAAAGAAGUGGUCCUACACUUGUACGACACUGCAGGGCAGGAGGAUUAUGAUCGCCUACGGCCACUUUCAUACCAGAGUACCAAUGUGGUCUUAAUAUGCUAUGAUGUCAUGAACCCUACUAGCUUUGAUAAUGUAUUAAUUAAGUGGUCCCAUGAGGUGAACCAUUUCUGCCGUGGAAUCCCCAUAGUACUUGUGGGCUGCAAAACAGACCUUCGGAAGGACAAAGAACAGCUACGGAAACUCCGCUCAGUUCAGCAGGAGCCAAUCACUUAUAUUCAGGGUGAAGAAGCUUGUCGCCGGAUAAACGCAGACAUUUACCUCGAGUGCUCUGCCAAGUUUCGUGAAAAUGUUGAGGAUGUUUUUAGAGAAACAGCUAACAUUGCACUGAAUGCUAUCAAAAAGGCAAAGCGUCAGACAAAAUCGAGGCCAUGUGCCAUAUUAUGAUGUUAUCUGGUAUUUUCAGACUACAGAAAACAAGACUGUUUCUUCAGUAUUUUAAACCCUUCCCCCUCACCUUUUAAAUUGACUGUUCCUGUCUCUUUACUUGGAUAUUAAUGAGAAAAUCAACUUGUUUUCAUGCUGUAAGUUCUUCUUCAUGUUACACCUUCUCUUCUGAAGGUUGAGCUUUUAGCUAACUGUGGAACGAGCUCUUCUGUAUAUAGAUUCUGGAAGAAAUUUCCAGGGUGUUUCAAAUGUACUUGUAGAGGAGCAAUUAAGGUAAGGUAUUUAAGUCCAACUUUUUGCCAUUUUUAAAUACACAAGUUCUUGCUUGCUUUAAAAUAAAGCAACCAAACAAAAACAAACUAGAAAUAAUGGGCUGUAGCCGUAAAAGUUCUACUCUGCACAGACCUACUGAAACUAAUGGACACAUGUUAGUCAUGUGAAUUAACUUCAAUAGAACUAACAAUGGCUACAACUCAGUCUUUGCUCGGAUAAAACAGCUGUAACAUUUGCAGUAGAAAACAGUUCAUUUUCUGUCCUUUUUGUGGUGGCAACAUUAAAGGCACUGUGUUAUUUUCAGUGGCCGCAACCUUACCUUGUGGCAUACUGGGAACCCUUCAGAAGCUGUAGCAAGAUUCCAGCUAUCAUAGAACCAAUGUGGUUAUGUAACAGAUUACUCAGGUCCAGUGAAUGGUCUAGGACUGGCAUGGAGAGCCCGUGGUUCAUCCCAAGUGUCAUUAGAUUCCACCCAGCCAAUAUGGCCAGGGAUGCUGGAAGCUGCACGCCAGCAACAUCUAGAAGGCUGUUGGUCUGCUAAGCAGCUGUGGAUCUGCAUAGGACCUUCUGCAAUCCACCUUCUGUAAACCAUAAAUACCGAUUUUUGAAAUUGCUUUUGUUUAUUUCACUUUGUACUGAAUAUCUACCUCAAAAUUUGCCCUUCUAAAAAUACAGCGCUGCCGUAAGUUGAAAGCCAAUUCAGAUUCUUCACUCUCCCUUGGUUUCCUUCUUUUAAAAAAAUUUUUAACUGGAAUAUGAAAUGGGGUUUUAUACAGUGUACCAACAUAUAGUUGUAUUAAUCUGAAAGGCUGGUGGUGAUGGGGAGAAGAAAUGAGUAAAGCUGUGGCAGGUGCGUCCCGGUAUUGAUACCCUGGUAUUGUGCCAGAGGGCAAAAGUCGGCCUCAGGUUAUACUGUGUGGAGGGAAGAGUUCGUUAAAAGAUUUCAGUCAGCAGAAUUCAGCUAAUUAUAUCUAGCAGGCAUGAAAGAACACGGAAUAUUUAGGCUUCUUGCAAUAGAGAAUGUUGCUUUUGGAGCAAAAAGUUGUCAGAAGCUUCUCAGCAAAAGGCAUAGCAAAAUAUUUUCCUGAACCAGCCUUUGGUUGAAGGGGUUUCCAGGAUUUUGUCUCUGAUGCUGCUUUCACCUGUCAUUUCCAGAAUGCCAACACCUAAGUGAAAUAUUUUUGCCACUGCAUCCUAUUUUGCUUUCAUGGUACCCUCAAACACUCCUGUGGCCAUGACGGAUCUCCCACUCCACGUGUGAACAUCAUUAAUACAGAGCUCCUUGGGAAACCAAAAUAAUUGAAAGGGGCAGGAACAUCGGAAGCUGCCUUCAACCAAGGCAGGCCCUGGAGCCAUCUGGGCUCAGUAUUGUUGACACUGACUGGUAGCAGCUCUCCAGAUUCCAGGCAAGGUUUUUUCCCAUCCCUACCUGGAGAUGCCAGGGGUUGACCGUGAGGCCUUCUAUAUGCAAAGUAGGCGAGCUGACCACUUGUCACGAGCUUCUGAAAUUAGGCCAAGGACCACAAGUUCCCUACAUGUGCAGACCACUCAAGCCCCUAAACGUUUCCUAUCAGACUGUUCUGUCAGUAUUCUCCCCUCUCCAACUACUACGCACCAGACACAGGCAAUGGGCUCCUUAACCCACCACCUAGAAAAGAAGCGGCUCUUUGGUGGAGUUGAUUCCCUUGGGAUGUGGAGGGGCCAUCACCAUCCUGUGGGCCUCCAGAAGUUGUGGACUCCAGCUCCCAUAAGCCCCAGCCAGCAUGAUCAGUGGCCAGGUCUCAUGGGAGCAGUAAUAGGCAGAGAGGGCCAUAGCUUUGCCACUCCUGCCUUUGAACAGCCACUCCCAUAAUGGGAGCCAUGAAACAGCCGCAUGGGAGAGAGUAGAUUGGGUGCAAGGGCCUCUGUAAAGCCACAGAGAGAGUUAACAAACCUGGUCAGUGCCUCUGCCCUGUGUGGGACUGAACCAAGCCAAUGCUGCUGGCUCACUGAUCAAAAGAUGCCUCCCAUUAAAAACACUGCCAACAACAGCAGCAGCAACGCUGAAAAAAAGAAUCUGAUAUACUGCAGAUUCUAUUUCCUGAGAAAAUGUCAGCUCUUCUACUGACCUGCUUCUUCUCCCCCACCUCCAUCUACCUGCCUGUUAUUUAACCAGUGGCUUCUCAUCCUGUCCACUGAGGGUACACUUUGCCCCUACCAACCUAGCCACAAGCCCCUAAAUGCACGCCAGCAGCUCCUUUGGACUUUCCCCCUUGCGACUUGCUUUCUUAAUCACACGACCUUCCAAGUGGUCUGUUCUCAAUGGUUUGGCACUUUUGCAAAAUGAACAAGGAGCCAUGGAAGCACUAAGCUGUCACCGUUCGCCUUGCAACCCUUUUGCCACACCCACACAGCCAGCAUUAAAAUGCAUUUUAAACUAAGGAUAUAUACAGAGCCAGCCCUUGCUGCUCGAUGAUAAGAUGGCGCCCUCUUCCCCAUCCCACAUACAGAAGCCGAACGGACUCCAGCUUUGGCCUCACUCUGCUUCACGGCAGAGCCAGCACUGCAUGUAUAUAGUUUGAUGACGUAUCACAAACUGAGACGGUGAGGGGAAAGAAUUGAGGCACCUCCUCUUUAUUUGCCACCUUUUCUUCUUCCUCCCCCUUUCUCAACAGAUCUGAAUGCUGAAAAUGAAACAUUCAUUCAACUUUCAUGCCAACAACGCUAAUGACAAAUUAUGGUAUCAUCCACUGGAUUUCAAUCAAGUUUUCUUCCUAUGUCUAGCCUAGCUGGAAUAGGUUACAGUGAAGAGUACCCCCCCACACACACACACGUGCCCCCAUAACAGAUGCGCCCACUGAAAACAUUUUCAGUUGGUUGCAAGUGAAGAACGGGAACUGGAGCUUCCGCAAAAGAAGCACUUCUCCCCAGCCGGGGGGGGGGGGGGGCUUAUGGCCCUUCUGAUCAUAGCUGCCAAGUCUCCUGUUUUCCCCGGGAAAUCCCCGUUUUUCCAGCUGUUCCUAGCUGAAAAAAACGGAUUUUUUUGUUUUUCCCCAGUUUAUUCUGGCGUGGCAGCCAUUUUGGAACUGGGCG